AUGACAGACAGUUUCGAAAGCAACUUACUACGGCUCCUGCAAGCGAUGCAGGAGCAGAAAGACACCUUCACAGCAGAAGCGAAACGGAUAGCCGACCAUUGUCAUUCCGAGCAUGCCGGGGAUGGCACGGCCGCAACAAAUGGAACCAACAACAAGGCAACACAAGGCGGUGAUGUCGAGAUGACGGACGCACCAAGCAAAGAAGCGACAAUAGCGACGCCAGCGACAACCAACUCGGCGAAGGCCUUUUUUUGCCGACCCUGCUACAACGACUUCCUCACCAUGAUCUACCAGACCUACGCAUCGCCCGCACAACCACAAUGGUACGCGACGCAACAGACAUCUUUUGUGGCCGAGGUCGGUCGGCUCCUCGACGACGUGCGCAACCUGCGCGCCCCACUUUCCAGUGUGGACAACUGGAUCAACGCCCGGAAACAGGCGUGGCUACGCAGCCAGCUGCGGGACGCCGUUGCGGUGCAGACGCUGGCCGAGUCGCUGGACGCGGAAAAGGCCGCGUUCCAUGCCCAGCUGGCGGAUCCGACGAUACAGCUGGACGUUCUGCUGCACGCAGUGAUGACCACGGCGGGCAACCAGGUCAACGGUGAGCGUGAGCGCAUUGUGGCGGAUGUGCAGACGGCGACAAAGAAGCUGCAGCAGGCGUCUACCGACAGCAACGAAAAGAGCACCAUUUACCGCGACAACCUGUUCCCGGGGGGUGUGCCGGAUCUGCCGGCCGUUCGCGCGAUCGAGAAGAAGCUGCUGGAUGGCACGGUCGGCCUGGACGGGGGCCUUGGUGACGUGCUUCGAGAAGUCUAUGGAGGCGAGGACGAGGACGCGCGCGCGGCGAAGAUUCAGAAGCACCAGAAGAGGCUGGCAGAGCUGAAGCGGGCAAAAGCGGCGCACGAGGCGCAAAAACUCAAGAAGAUGAAGCCCGUCGAUGUGCCGUACUUUUUGCAGGACGACACGCCGUGCGCGACGUGCGGCAAAGCCGCGGAUCCACAAAAGAGCCCCUUUUGCGAAGUCUGCUUCCUCGAGGUCGACUAUUGCUUGCGCGAGAACCAGACGGUGUGGUGCUCGACGACGUGCAUGAAGGACGACUAUGCGGCGCACCUCGCGGCGAACCACGCGUGCGCAGCUGGCGACCGCUGCACGCGCGCCAAACCCCCUGGCGAUUCCAGCGCAACGCGUCAAGAGCCGCGGUACUAUUUCUGCCGGGAGUGCGUGCUGUCCUUUAGUAUUGGGACGGUCUACUGCAGCGAGCGGUGCGCCGGCCGCGACUUCCAGCCACACCGCGAGAAGGUCCACCUGCCGAACCGCGAGAUGCGCGCCGACUCGCGCGACGAUAGGGGGGAGCUGAGCUACAGCAGCGCGCGCAAGGUGGCCUACACGGCGGCCGACAUUGGCAAGCAUGUGCUAUCGCUGGAUGAGGCGCUGGCCAGCUGCCAGAAGAAGCACCCGGACUGGGACCUCGCGACGACCAAAGUGAAUUUGACGCUGCCGUGGACUGCAUAG